CACAUAUGUUAUUUCCGCCAUGCCCUCGCCUUGGACGAACGUCGUGUUAAGUUCCUUCCAGAGUAUGUGCACGGCGGCGGGACUAGCCACAACGAUAGCCACCGGCCGGUGGUUGAAGAUAACACAGCAGAAGGCAAGUUCGCACACGUGAAAGAAGUUUGGUUUGCGGGGACCCAUUCCGACGUGGGCGGGGGUAACACCACAAACCACAACCCAGAGAUGUCAGGAAUCUCUCUCUUGUGGAUGAAGGCGCAAGCC